GUGGGGAUGUUAAUGCAACCGAUCGUAAAGUGGAGGACGAGAUUUAAUGGCUAGUUGAUUUUGCGGGCGAUGCGGCUGCCAAUACGCUGCUGGCCCGGUACAAGCUAUCAGCAUGUCUUACUUCCUUCUGGCUCAUUUCAUCGGUCCUUCCCUAAUCGCCCUGAUCGCACUCACAGAUCACAAGACUUCUCGAGAUGUCAUCACCAACGCCAUUCCGGAUCAUCAUCGUGGGCGGCGGUAUCGCAGGGUUGGCAGCUGCCAUCGCUCUGCGGAAAGACAAUCGUCAGAUCACCAUUCUCGAACAGUCUCGCCUCAGUACUGAGAUUGGUGCUACAAUAUCGCUACAGCCCAAUGCCACGAGAAUUAUACAGCAGUCAUGGGGGUUGCGGAACGUUCUCAGCGAUUCACACGGAACCGUCGAUCAUGGCUUCAGGAUCUACAAUACCGAUGGAAAGAUGGUGAACGAGAUACCUCUUCGAAGUAUGACACAGUAUGGAGCAGAUCGCAUCAUGUGGCAUAGACAAGACCUUCACACGUAUUUGAGAAGUAUGGCUGUAAGCACGGAACGGGACGGACAGCCCGCGAUACUACGUACCUCAACGCGAGUAUCGUGCUGCGACUGCAACGGAGGCAAGGUCACACUUGAAGACGGUGAGAUUUUAGAAGGAGAUCUCAUCAUCGGUGCAGAUGGCAUACACAGUGUCCUGCGCACUUCCGUCCUCGGUGAAGAGGUUAAGCCAAAAUCUACAGGCUUCUCAGCAUAUCGACUCAUGCUUCCUACUACGGUCUUAAACGAGUGUGCGCCUCGAUUCGCGGAAAACAUUAAACCAGAAGAACCUUACACGUCUAUGAUUAUGGCGCAUUCUUGCCGGCUCAUCAUGGGCCCUGCUCGCGACGCACUGCUUUAUAGUAUUGUCGGACUGGUACCGGACGAGCAAAUGAACGAAGAUCCUGGCAGCGCUCAGUCGUGGGUCACCGAAGGAAAUCCCGAGAAGAUGCUAGACACCUUUGAAGACUUCCCAAGCUGGACUCAGGAUGCACUUCGAAACGCCGACAGCAUAGGCCUCUGGCAGCUGCGCGACUUAGAUCCACUGAAGACUUGGCACUCUGGACGUACGAUCCUUAUUGGCGAUGCUGCGCACGCAAUGCUGCCCACUCAAGGGCAGGGUGCAAGCCAAACAAUUGAAGAUGCAGAGGCUUUGGGGACACUAUUCGACCAUAUCACUGAUAGGCCCUCCAAGAACGAGGUGUCUACUAUCUUGGAGGACGUUUUCCACAGUCGCUACGAACGUGCAAGCUUGAUCCAGAAGUUCAGUCGUGAGGCUGCAAAGCCCGCAACCGACCAGGGCAGCAACGUCAUCAAGAUGCGUCCAGACGAAUUCAUGGAUUACAAUUGCACGUAUCGGGGUGUAAGAGACUGGGAAGAGAAGCGUUCGGUGGCAGCAGUAACAGCGGGCAUGCAGACACUUGCAGUGGCCUCGGCUUGUUAGACUAGGACAAUCAGGAGGAAAGCCUUCAGAGUUAGCA